GGUCCUGAAGUAUAUAUCAUGCCGAAGCAAAUUACAGAUAUUCGUGAUUUUCUGCAAAAGGCUCGUCGCGCCGAUGCCAAGCUGGUAAAGAUCCGUAAGCGCGAUUCUCAGACCAAGUUCAAGAUCCGAUGCUCUCGCCAUCUGUAUACUCUGGUCGUCACGGAUGCUGAAAAGGCUGACAAGCUUACCCAAAGUCUACCACCGGGUCUCGAACGUAAAACAAUCUAAAACUUCUUGAGCAAAGAGCCAAGGUUAGGGACACUCUUAUGUACUCAAGAUUCUUAACUAACGUCAAGUCUAAGUGACUGCCUUACUACUCCUUCCAUACUUUCGUGAGUCAAGAAAACCCCUCGGUGUCAUUCU